GGUAGUCUCGAGUCCCGUUCCGGAGCGUCGAGCGUCGCGCGCGCUUUCAGUGCUGGUGCGCGUCUCCUCGCGACGAGUGAAACUGUGCGCCGUGUGCCGAGUUGGGACUGUCAGUGCGAUACGUGCGCCCGGCGCCUCCGCUGUAUCUCAACGCGGGACGGAAGGUUUCGUGGGUUCCACCUCGGCAUUCAGCGAUAAGGCAAAAAGUGGAUACGACUCACAUCCCGAUGGCUGCGCUCGAAGGUGGAGGAAGACUUGACCCUUUGGAAACGGAUUGACAACACACUACUACUCUUCACUACAAGCAUCAUGGGCCUACGACGACACAUGAUGGCAGUUUUUAUUUUUACAUUAAUUCUACAAGUGUUAGCCGUGGCGUCCGGUUUCGAGCCGGACUUCCUGCAUCCACUGCAGGACAUGACCGUGGCGCAGGGCCGCGACGCCACCUUCACGUGCGUGGUGAACAACUUAGGUGGAUACAGGGUGAGUGGGGAACUCGCCACGGCCAGGGUGGCAUGGAUCAAGGCGGACACCAAGGCUAUCCUCGCGAUUCAUGAUCAUGUCAUCACAAACAACGCACGACUGUCAGUUAAACACAAUGACUACAAUACGUGGACGCUGACCAUUCGAGGGGUCAGGCGGGAGGAUCGCGGGCAGUACAUGUGUCAGGUUAAUACUGAUCCAAUGAAGAUGCAGACUGCUACUUUAGAAGUAGUAGUUCCACCUGAUAUCAUCUAUGAAGAAACAUCAGGAGACAUGAUGGUUCCUGAAGGUGGGUCAGCAAAGUUGAUCUGCAGGGCUCGAGGACACCCAAAACCAAAAAUCACAUGGAGACGAGAAGAUGGUGGAGCAAUAGCUUCAAGAUUAGCGAAUGGUCGUGUGGAGAGGACACAGGAGGUAGAAACCGAGAUUCUGGCACUGACCAAAGUCACCAGGAGUGAAAUGGGGGCCUAUUUGUGCUUGGCAACAAACAACGUCCCACCUGCAGUGAGCAAAAGGAUGAUGCUGCAUGUACACUUUCAUCCAUUGAUACAAGUACCAAAUCAACUUGUGGGCGCACCGAUCAGUACGGAUGUCACCCUGCAGUGUCAUGUGGAAGCAUCCCCCAAAGCCAUCAACUAUUGGACCCGCGAGAGCGGUGAAAUGAUCAUCUCGAAUGAUAAGUAUCAAAUGACCGAGACAACUAAUUCAGUGUAUAGUGUGCAGAUGAAGUUGAUUGUGCGGAAAUUUCACAAAAUGGAUCUCGGGGGAUAUAAAUGUAUCUCAAAGAAUUCCAUUGGUGAUGCAGAAGGAAAUAUUCGUCUGUAUGAAAUGGAAAUUCAAGAACGUGUAGAUUCCGACGAACAAACUCUGAUGGAAGAAGACUCUUUUGAAGAUUCCAAUCAGGAUGUGGGUCACUACAACAACGGCUUCCAAGGACCUCUCACCGAACCGGCGGGUUCCGAGAACUCGGUACGGACGGAGGUGCGUGCCACCUCUACCGCCUCUUCAUCCCUCUUGCUUCACGAAAAGUGCGCGUUUUCCACCUCUUUACCGCUCCUGCAGCUGUGGACACUUCUUACGUUCGUGCGAAAUCUAAAUUUGUAAAUCAUAUUGUUCAACAUUCAGCGAGGAUAAAACGUGUGUGAAAACGAGCAGAAACUAAUAACAAACAGUCAAAAAGGAUAAUGAGUGUGUGAGCGAUACAAAUGUGCCAAAAAAAUGUAAGAGUCAAAUGAAACUCGUGCUUCGCUAACCUUUUACAAAACGCUGAGUGUCUGUAUCAUAUCAUCGUGUAUAUGGACCGUCUCUAGCCAACCGAAAAAUGAAAAAAAGUUCCAUAGCAUGAUCAAUGUCUUAGUCUUUGUUGCUAUAUACAUAUAUAUUAUAUAUAAAUUAGUGAAGGGAAAGCCAUCGUGUAAUGUCGUUCAGUUUUGUAUACAAUGAAAUAAAUUUAAUUCGGAAUACCGUUUAAGACUUUGCGGAGACGGCAAAUGAUAAAUAAAGAAUCAUAUUCAUGCAUAAUCAUGUGUAAACCAUUCAGAAAUGAACGCUGGGUAAAUAUGUAUAAAAAUAUUCAUUGUUUCAAGUAUGAUUUCAACGUUUAGUGACGGAAAAGUUAUUUUAUUGUUAUCAAAAUGACGAAAGGGAAAACAUGUUGAGAAAUAAAGUGAUCCAGGAAAUAAAAAAAUAAAUAAAUACUGUUUUGAAGAAAA